AUGUUGGUUCAGCCCACGAAUAUCUAUAGUUCGGCCCAUACUCUUUAUCACGUCGUUCUCGGCUCGUCUUCACGUGGAGUGCAGCCUUCCAUCAAGCAAUAUGUUCUUGUCACGAAACCCAUCAGAAUGCACGCAGCUCAACGCAAGUUAGCUCAUCUUGACGCAAUCCUUAAUAGCUCGCCGAACUGUGGCUCGUCAAGGUUCUCCUUGCCGCAGAUGUCACUCUUGCCUCGUAAUUUGCACGACGAACUGCAGCUCAUCGAAGCUCACUGUUCCGCACUUGCAGCUCUCCAUGGUUCGCGUAUGUUGAGCUCGUAA